AUGGUUCAUGGGAAGCCCCGUCAUCCACAAAGUCAGGGAACUGUGGAACAAAAUGCUGCUCACCAUUUAGUGAUAAAGUGCUCUCCAUACUCUGCUAUGUUUGGUUGUGAAGCCAGAGUCGGCCUGACUUUUUCACCUCUACCCACAGAAGUUGUCUCAAGAUUGGAGAGUGAGGAUGAUCUCUUAGCAGUUAUGUCAGGAGAUGAUACAACAACAACAGGUUCUGCUGCAAGUUCUACUGGUUCAGUGACCACUAGCGAAAUGAUUACAAGUGACAAUAAUGGUUUAUUGACCACUGAAGUGACUGAAGCACUUUCUGUUGAUGCCACUGUUCAAACUCCUCAGAUACUUCAAGAUCACCAAGACCAGAUUCAGAAACGUAGAGUGGAAGCAUACACAAGGCAGGUAUCCCAAGCUGAAAGAACGGUCAAACGUAGUCGCUUAGACUUUAAAGUUGGUGAACUUGAUGACAAUGUUGCUGUCACAAUUCCAGCAGCGGAUCGAGGUAGAGGAGAUCCACGGAAUAUCUUGGGUGUUACUGUCAGCAGAGAUUUGGACAAUGACCAAUAUCAGAUCGCUGUGAAGUCGGAUGUUCUAAAGGGUCAGUAUUCUAGAAACCAGUUUGACCUCUGCCCCCAGCGUUUGCUGACAGAAGAUGACGUAAAUCAGGAUAGUGCAGUGUACCAUGGAAGUGUCAACUGUGCUAAUAAAUGCUGA